AUGUCCCGCCACCACCCCGACUUGGUAAUGUGCCGCAAAGCACCCGGUAUCUCUCUGGGCCGGCUCUGCGACAAAUGCGACGGCAAAUGUCCCGUCUGCGACUCCUACGUGCGACCCACCACUCUCGUUCGCAUCUGCGACGAAUGCUCCUUCGGCAACUACCAAAAUAAAUGUAUCGUCUGCGGCGGCGAAGGCAUAUCAGAUGCGUUCUACUGCUUCGAGUGUACGAGACUGGAGAAGGAUAGGGACGGGUGUCCGAAGAUUAUCAACUUGGGCAGUUCCAGGACGGACUUGUUCUACCAGAAAAAGAAUUUCAGGAAUCAGCAAUAUUAA